CCUGCAGUGGAGUUCAGUGGAGUGUACAACUACCUCAUAAAGUCACCCAAACAAAACAAUCCGCGAGUGAAAUUCCGUCAGGUGCAGCAGUGGAGUCAAGUGCACAAGAAUCAUCUGAAGACAAAGGACUUCGACCAUGGAACAUCUCGCAUCACAAAUUCUUGCAACCAUCGAAAGGCUGGGAGAGCUCGCGUGGCGUCACAAAGAACGAUCUUUGGUCUUUGAUGUCAAACCACAGUACAAAACAAAAUCCGCUAGUGACAUUCCAUCAGAUGGAGCAGUGGAGUCAAGUGCACAAGACUUAUCUGAAGACACGAUCUGGACGAAAGACUUCGACCAUGGAACAACUUGCAUCUGAAAUUCUUGCAACAAUCGAAAGGCUGGGGGAGCACUUAUUGGAGAACCCUCUGAUUUUAACAGAUUUGGACCGGAUGAGCAACGGUGCAACAAAGUCUGCAAGCAGGGAAACGUUCAUUUUGGCUGAGCUGAUUGAAACGGAAAAGGCUUACGUGCGAGACCUGCGAGAGUGCAUUGAUACUUACAUGAGGGAGAUGUUGACCCAGGAGGAGGAGAUCCCUGCAGGACUCAACCAUAUGGACGACGUCAUCUUCGGGAACUUGUUGGAGCUGUAUGAAUUCCAUCAUAAGAUCUGUCUCAAGGAACUUGAAAAACAUGAAAGCGUCCCUGAAGAUGUCGGACGUUGCUUUGUCAAAUGGGCUGAGAAGUUCCUGUUAUAUGUGGACUACGGCAAGAACAGUGACAAGUCCACUCGGCUCAUCAUGCAGCAUACUGUCAACUAUUUUAAUAAAAUUCAGUGGAAGCACGGACUAGCAUUCUCAUUACAAUCUUUCCUGCUUAAGCCAACACAGAGAAUGACAAAAUAUCCGCUCCUGUUAAAGAAUCUCCUCGAGUGCUGUAAAGAUGGGAAAGGAGUACUGAAGGAAGCUCUGGGCAUUCUGAAGAGAGCCAACGAUGCCAUUCAUUUCUCCGUUCUGGAAGGUUUUAAUGAGGGCGUUGAAUCCCAAGGGGGAAGAAUAUACAACUCUUUCUCCUGAAAAAUUCCUUGCUGGUCUGCAAGGUGGUCAAGGAUCAGAAAGGCAUGACGAAAUACAUUUACCAGAGAAAACUCAACGUGAGUCAUCCUUUACUUACUUUUUUACCUAUGCGAUAUUCUCAAUAAACAUAAUUUU